AGCGGGCCGCCGGCGGUUCGUAUUACCGGGGUCGAAGGAGGAGCCCGGCCGGGCCCGCCAGCGCCCUGGGAGUCGCGGGCGAGGCGGGGGCGGCCCGGCUUCGAGGAGGCAAGCGGGGCUCCGGGGGCUGCAAAUUUGGGCAAGCGAGCUCUAGUCUGUAGGGCGGGGGAGCGUCCCCCGCCACCUCCGCAGCCCUCCGCCCGGCCCUGGAGGCCAGGCUUCACCUGGCCGCAGGCCCGGGAGCCGCUGCCGCCGCCGAGGGCCCGUCCCCGGGCCUGCGGAGAGUGAAAGGGCGGACCCUAGGCGCGGGGGUAUACGCGGAGGCCUGGACGGCGCGGCCAGGUGAUGGUGGGCUCCUGUGCUUCUCCAGAGGAAAGGGGACCCCCAGAGCAGCCGUGCCCCCGGGCUGCUCCAGUGAGGCGUUUUGACAUCAGCCCUAGGGAAGUCGGGCACUUGUGAGUUUGCCUCUCGCGCUUAAGCGUACUUUAGGAUGCAGUGAUUGAGGAAUUAGGCUCUCCCGGCCCCGGGAGGGGCACUGCCUGUGCAUGUGAACUCGGUGCAGAGAAGCAGGACGGAAUGAUGCUGUCCGAGCAAGCCCCAAAGUGGUUUCCCACCCACGUACAGGUCACAGUGCUCCAAGCCAAAGAUCUUAAGCCAAAAGGCAAAAGUGGCACCAAUGACACAUACACUAUAAUUCAGCUGGGCAAGGAAAAGUACUCCACCUCUGUAGCUGAGAAAACCCUUGAGCCAGUCUGGAAGGAAGAGGCCUCUUUUGAACUACCUGGAUUGUUAAUGCAGGGGAAUCCAGAGAAAUACGUUCUUUUCCUCAUAGUUAUGCACAGGUCCCUGGUGGGUCUGGAUAAGUUUUUAGGGCAGGUGGCAAUCAAUCUCAAUGACAUCUUUGAGGACAAACAAAGAAGGAAAACAGAGUGGUUUAGAUUAGAAUCCAAACAAGGAAAAAGAGCCAAAAACAGGGGUGAGAUAAAGGUCAAUAUUCAAUUCAUGAGGAACAAUAUGACAGCGAGUAUGUUUGACUUAUCAAUGAAGGACAAAACAAGAUCUCCUUUUGCAAAAUUAAAAGAUAAGAUGAAAGGUAGAAAAAAUGAUGGGACAUUUUCUGACACGUCUUCUGCAAUCAUUCCAAGUUCUCACACACCUGAUGCCAAUACUGAAUUUCCAAGUGGUGAGAUACCGAUGAAAUCCAAACCAAAAAAGCCUUUCCUUUUGGGUCCUCAGCGACUCUCUUCAGCACAUUCAAUGUCUGAUUUAACUGGGGCCCACAUGUCUUCUGAGAAACUGAAGUCUGGCGUCGUUGGUCAAUCACAUCUUCUUGGAUGCCAGAUAGAUUCCUUUGGAGGAGUUCCUGAAAGUGGAAGUCUCAAAUCUCCACACAGAAGAACAUUAAGCUUUGAUACUUCUAAAAUGAACCAACCUGACAGCAGUGUGGAUGAAGGUGAAUCGUCUUUUGGAAGACGAAAUGACCCAUUUACAAAUGUGACUGCUUCAUUACCCCAAAAAUUUGCAACACUGCCAAGGAAGAAAAAUCCAUUUGAAGAAAGCAAUGAAUCAUGGGACAGCAGCGUGAAUUUAUUUACAAAAUCAGUUGAAGUAAGGAAAGAAAAUAAGAGAGAGAAAAGGGAGAAAGUUAGCCUGUUUGAAAGAGUGACUGGAAAAAAAGAUAGCAGAAGAUCUGAUAAACUUAACAAUGGGGGAUCUGAUAGCCCUUGUGACUUGAAAUCACCCAAUGCAUUUAGUGAAAACCAGCAGGACUAUUUUGAUUAUGAGUCAACUAAUCCGUUUACAGCAAAAUUCAGGGCUGCAAAUAUAAUGCCAUCUUCAAGUUUUCAUAUGAAUCCGACAAGUAAUGAAGACCUCAGGAAAAUCCCGGACAGCAACCCUUUUGAUGCCACUGCAGGGUAUCGCAGUCUGACCUAUGAGGAGGUACUACAGGAACUAGUGAAGCACAAAGAGCUUCUUAGGAGGAAGGACACCCACAUCCGGGAACUCGAGGACUACAUCGACAACCUCCUCGUAAGGGUAAUGGAAGAAACACCCAGUAUUCUCAGAGUGCCAUACGAACCGUCCAGGAAAGCUGGCAAAUUCUCCAAUAGUUAAUAAGCUGAUUGUACUGCAUUUAUAAUUGGGGGAAAAAAGAAGAAAAACUUGUUACUGAAAGAGACUCCAUUAUCAGGUUUCCUUACAUAUUCUGCUGUGUGGUAAAAAACUGUUUUACCUGUAAAUAUUAACAGAGACUGUCAAGAGUGACCUUUGAAGUGAGCUAAAUAAUCUAAACUUUUAAAGUGAAAAUGGGCCAGAUUCUCAAAGAAUUAGCAGUUUCUUAGGGUCCACUUAGGUGCUGGUGCCGGCCCACUAGUCUGCCAUAGGCUCAGAAAUACCUUCAGAAGUACAUGACUUACUCCUCAGGCAUCAAUUUCUCGUAAAGCAGAGUUGAUACUGUGGUUGCUUUUUCUGAAGUUAAUUUGUAGUUGUAUUUAGCUGCAGUUAAACACUACUAAAAAAAGUCCAUAUUUUAUAUAUAUAUAUAUACAUGAGUAUAUGUUCAUGUAUCUGUAUAUUGAAUAGAUGCAUAUACCUCACAUGUACAUGUGUUUUUAGAACAUUUAAAAACAACUGGUCGCCCCUAAAAUGAGGAUACCAAUUUCUUAAUUUGAAAGUACUGUGCUCCAUCAUUACAAAACAAAUCAUCGUUGCUACUGUUACGGUUUGUGACAGGGAAGCUGCUUCAAAUCACUCUCGACUAUGUGUACCUUGGUUUCAAAAUGAGCUGCUUCCAUAUAUUAUCCCAGUAUCAAACUUUUACUCUUUUUCCAAAAAAUGAUCCAAUGCCCUUUUUACUUUAGGAAGCUUCAUUAGCUUCACAACAGCAUGAAUUUCUUGAAUUAAUUUUUUAUCUUAACAUUUGAAUUUUGUUUAAGCUGUAAGCAGAAGAUAAGCUAAUUUGUUUUGUUGAGAUUCUGAAUGCCUUUAAAUCACUAGCAAGGAAAAUAAUAAGUUAUAUCUGAAGGUAAUUUUUGGGAAAAAAGUAUAUCAUCUGAUGCCUGAUAACCCAAAGCAGUGGGCAAAUUCUGGGAAUGAAGAAUUAGGCUUGGUUUCAAGUUACAAAAGUAAAAGAACAGAUGGUUGCAUUAGGGUCUUGAACCAAAAUAAGUGUUACUAAAGGAGUGAGUUUUCAGAACAAAUCUUUACUAGCAUGGCAUUAUACAUCCACCCUUAAAGAAUUGAUUUAUUACAAAAUUAUAGGUUGGCUUUUUUUAAAAAGUCUGUUCCUAAAAAGUGUUGAUUACUUCCAUGAAUUAACUAUAUUUGUACAAAAUUAGUCUAAAAUUUAAAGUGAAAAACAGUUGUAUAAAAAUAUUACUAAUCAUUUGCUUAUUUUUUACUUUAAAAAUCUAAAAUAUUUAACUACGAACACUGAAUAUAUGUCUUGAAUUUAAAAAGAAAAAUUCACCUUUAUAUGGAGACAUAUAUUCCCUGACCUUUUAAAGAACCACAUUUUUGUCUGGUAUUUAUCUCUGGUAUGUCUUCAUUGAAAGUUAAAUAUACAGCUGAUAUAAUGGUUUUGCUCAUUUUAAUAUUUAAAUCAGAUAGUGUCCAAGCUUAUUUUUGUCGUCUAAAAUCGGUUAUUUGUAUUUUUGUAGUUUCUUUAGUUUUCCUAUGAGAGCAAACAUUUUGAAAUUCUGAAAAACUUUCCCAAAUAUAAAAAAAUUAUAUAAUGUUUUUAAAUGAAGAAAUGGAGAAGCAAGAAUAGUUUCUACCAAAUAACUUUUUCCUCUGCUUGUAAAUUCCUGUAGUAAAUCUCAAAAUCUGGAGUAGAAUUUAAUUUUCCCAUUUGAGGUCUUAGUAAUUAUUAUUUUUUAACAUGGUACCAUUUUUAGUUAACAUUAAGUAUUACAAAAUUCUUAGUAUUUGUUUUUUCUGUUGUUAAUAUGGUUGAAGCUCUUUUUUCAGUAUUAUGACAAAUUAUCUGUAUGCUUUGGCCAAAUUUACUCUUUAUAGAAUGAACCAAGAUGUCAGUUUUGUAUUGGAGAUAUGUUUUAUAUAAAUAGAGCUCAUUAAAAAGUGUGGUUCAAGGACUGCUCUUCUUUUUAUGAGGAAAUUCAUUUUUAAGGAGAGAUUCUUUUCAUGUAUAAGAACUGUUAAAGAUUAGAUUUAUUCAUAUAUGAAUGAUUUGGUUAAAACUGAAUCAGUAUUUUUAUCUUUAAAUCUGAGACAAGAUGUGUAUUGAAAAUUGAAUUUACAUUUAUCACUGCCUAAAAAUGUUCUGUUCUGAUGUUUGUAAACUUUCACUUAUAACCUAAAGUACAACAUAUAUUUUCCCAAUUGGUCAAUGUAAUUAACUAAAAACAAAAAGUAAAAAUGAGUAAUCAUGUCAGUGUUUCCUGUAUUUGGGCCAAAGUGCAAACAGAAUAGUUUUUAAUUUCUAGCAUUGUAGAAAAAAGGCCAAAAAGAUCACCUUAGUUUAUUUUUCAAAAUGCAACUUUUAAGUGUUCUAGUGGUAUAUUUUGUUAGUGGCUUAGAAAUGGAAAUAAAAUACAUGUACUCAUUAAGUACUGCACAACACAAUAGACUUUCAACAUUUUACUUUUGCUUUUAUGAUUUAAAAAAAUGCAUGCUCAAAAAUAUUUCCACCAAUAAUUACAGAAUUGAUAUUUAUCUCACACCUGUUUUAAGCUAAUACAUUUUUGUUGCAUAAUUAAAAUGGCUCUGCUGUAAUUUUAAAAGAGCAUUAUUUCACAACCAGUUCCCCUUCCACAUCUGAAAUUCCACUUCAAAGUAUUGAACUUCCUACCACUUAGGCUUCAAGUUUCACUUACUGAACUCCAGGGUCAUAUCUUAGAAUUGUACAUAAAAUGAUGUGUUACCCAUUCAUGAAAUAUGUAUUGCUUUUUGCUGCUAUAUUCUACAUUAAGCCUAGAUUUGCCAUCCUCCCAUGAAUGUAGUAUUAUCCAUAGAUUAUACAUAACUACAUCUAUUGCUUUUGGUAGUAAGUGAUUUAGUUGUAAUUUUCCAGCUAUCAAAACGUUGCCUUGUAAUUAGAAGGGUCUCACAAAUGGAAACCUAAGUAAAACUUAGCUCAUCAGUGACAGACUGGCUUUUCUCACAUCCUUCCUUCACCAACUCCAACCACCCUCACACCCCCCUGCCUACCACCCAUACAAAGGUUCUUAAUCUUUAGCAAGGAUAAUCUUUAAAACAAAGAAAAAAACUAUUAUCUUUACUAUACCUAGUAAUUGUCACUCUAGAGCUUUUAUCUUCCUUUGUAACUUUUUAGGAAAAGCAGCCUCCCUUGAUUUGUAAAUCAAGCUGCAACUUUUUGAUGUCCAUGUGCUCACAUAUCUUAUAGAUACAGUAGGUGUCUCACAUGUGUGUAAGUGAAGUGUAAAGCAUGCUCUUUCAUUCGAUCUCCUUGAAGUAAGAGGUAAAGGAUCACAGUGCUGCUGGUUCAUGAGAUGGUAGAUGUUAGGGUCUGUCAGCACACUUUGAAAGCCCCUAUUUUCACAGAUUUAUAACUUUAAUAAUCCAUAUGCAAUCAUUGGAAGUAUUUAAUAUGCAAUAGGUAGCACCUUAACUAAUUAAUCUGCAAAUGAAAAGUUUUCUGAUGUAUUUAAUAAGAAGUGUAGAAGCUCCUCAAGCAUUAAACUACAGUUGACAUUUUAUUUCAUUUAUUUUUCUAUGUCAAAAAUCUACUUUUGCAGUGGAACUGAAGUCUGUAAAAACAAGACAUUGGGCCUACUAAUCUUCAAAGCUUCCAGGUGCUUCAUAUUUUAAGGUACGAAAAAAUACUGCAGACCUAGAGGUGUAUAUAUUUAGCAGGUAUGUGAAAGACAGAAGCAUUGUUUUUACUGAAGAGUACCACACUCAUUAAGUAAAAUGCUCUUGUAACUUGUAUAUGUUUUUGCAGGUACCAACUCAAAAGAAUGUAAGCAUUGCAUAAUGUGACUAUUGUAUAAUGUAUGUAAUUGAUGCAUGAAUCAGAUUUUUAUAUAUGAUUAUUGACUUAUUAUAGUUGAUUAAAGUGUUUAAUCUGAA